AUGUCUGCUGCGCCGGCACCCUCCGCCAUCAUGGAACCCUCCUACUUCCAAACCUCUUGGGGAGCCCCUGCACCAGAGCACGACCAACUUGGCUACAGCGGGCCGGAGAUGCCGAUGGAGGACGCCCUCAUCAAGGCAGAACUGAACCAGUCGCGACCUGUUCACUCGGCCUUCCAAGCACUGUCGAUAAACUCUGCCGUGCCGGCACCAACGGUCAUGUCGCGACCACUUUCCCCGCCUCCCUCCUCUACAAAAAUCGACAUGCGACUGGCCGAGCCAGGAAGUGACGAGUCCAAGCCCGGGUACAUGACGCCUUUGGCGAAUUACACAGCCACAACAUUCUGGUACUUCUGGCACGCCGACAUGUUCUCCGCAACGCUGGCUCAAAGCCCCAACUGGAUGGCGCGGCGCCAGAGCAAGGAUAUUCGCAAGUCCAACUCGCGUCCAUUUGACAACGAGGGCCGAGCGAUCCAUCCCAUUCCGAUCAAUCCCAAUCUCGCUUUCUGCCAGUUUGUGUUCUCAGUCCUUCACAGCACCCAAGUGUCGUUCUCGGUCACCAUCCUCGCCCUUAUCUACACCUACAAGUACAAGAAGUGCGUCGCACUCGGCCGGCGGCCUCCAUUCCCUCGCGAGGUGUCGGAGGCUCAGGGUUUUGUGACUGGCCUCAUGCUCGCCAACAAGUAUUUGGACGACAACACAUACACCAACACCACAUGGGCUCAGUUCCUCGGCAUUCCCGUCAAGGAUGUCAACGAUUACGAACUCGAGUGGCUGGACGCCCUUCACUUCAGCCUGCGUGUAGAAACCCGCGAGUUUGAUGGGUGGAGAUCGAUGCUCGACACGCACAUCCGCUCUCAGCAUGGUGACGCAUUGUCCGGUUACGUCUUCCCCGCGACGAACGGCCGCGCCCGAUCGGCCUCCCCUCCGAUGGGUCUGCAGAAUGGCGCUGUCGCCAACCAGCAGGCACUCAAGCGGACGGCCAAGGACGCCUUCUCGGCAGACGUGCUCCACAACGCCGCAAUGUACGAGGCCGCGCGUCUUGGGACACGGAAGGCGUCGCUGUCUGCGCCGCAGUUCCCCUUCACUGCCUUACCAACGCCUGCGCCUUCCAUCCCUUCAGUGUCGCCCACUGGCCCAACGUACCCAACGCUGGCACGCUCAUCGUCGCUCAGUCGUCAGAUCGCGCCACUACCGGCCAACGGUUCGCAGCGCAGCUCGGCAGGCCAGGAGCAAAUGGCGCCAGAGGUCGCCGACCUGCGCCAGGCAGCGCUCGCCAACAACCACUGGGGUACACAGCAGCAUGUCACCGAGCCCAUCGACUUUGCACAGGAAGAGCGGUGGCGGAUGGCGCCUACUCAGCAGCGCCUGUACUUCUUGCAGGCGGCAGCCACCCCGCAGUUCGGUCCAGACCCGCGUUACCACAAGGCUAUCCCACAUUACCUCGAUGCCGGCCACGAAUCUGGGUUCGGGUACAACCCGUACGCCAUGCCCACCGUGGCUGCACCCAUGGCAGCGGAGGCUAUGGACGUCGACCAGAGACAGGUAAACCUCGCCUCCCCGGUGGACCCUCUGUACCCAGCGCAGUCACAACAGCCGCAGCAACACCAAGGAGCAAUGCAGAUUGCUCAGCAGCAAGCUUACCGCGGCAUGAGCUUGCCUGUCGCCCCUGUUCCAACGCACUUUGUGAACCCUCAGCCUGCUCCCUUCGCCAACGCUGGCCCUCCCGGUUACGCAUACGGGUCGUAUGGCUGGCCCGCUCCCGGCACUUGGCGGCAACAGCACUGGCGGCCAGGCCACGCCCAGCGGUGGUCCUCGGGGUCGGACGACGCAUACCUGGCAAUGCAGCCACCUUCACUGUGUCACCCAGCGGCAUUGUCACAGUGGUCCACGCCUGCAGUUCACCCCGCCUAUCGGCCCCAGUUCUGA